UUCCUUUUCUCAACCCUAACUUCUUUCUUGGAUUUUUAGUAUUACUCCUUUUACGUAUAUUAUAUAUCUCAACUCAAGAUCACAAUGUCCUUCCCCUUGUUUUUUUUAUUCACCUCUUCAAAACUAACACAACCCAUCUUCCAAAAUCUUUUUUUUUUUUUUCGUUAAUUUAAGAUCCUAAUUUCAUAUUACUUGCGGUUUUCUCAGUAGUUGGACUUAUUAGAUUUCGUCGUGAAAUCUUUACUUGCAGGAUUUCUAAAUUGAUAUUUGAUACCAGCUCUCUACCCACAAUUCCAAUCAUUAUGCAAACUUCGUUUUAACUUGUGUUGGUUCCUUCCUUUAUGAAUACUAUGUUGAAAGGAGGCACUUAAGCUAUUUCGUUUUUUCAACACUAACAUUAGUGUGGGAUGUUAAAUUAUCGAAAUUAGCAAAUUCUGCUGCAAGUUAUGGUGUUUAGUAAACUAGCAGAAUUGAUCUCUGUUGCAUCAGGUCGUAUUUCGGCAGCACAGUCUUCUACAGUUCCUUAUAUGUCGCCUGGAUUGCCCCCCGAAACCGGUUCUGCUCAUAGGUUUGACCUUUCUAACCCUGGAAAUAAGAAUAAUUUGCGACUCUCAUCGUCGCUCCAAGAUUUUUCAGCAUAUCGUCGACUUGAUCCAGAGGAGGGUGAUCCUCGUGUUGGAAUUGAUAGGUAUUCAAAACAACUUAAUUCCUUACAAAGAGAAAAUUUUAGUUCAAGUUUUUCGAAGGAGAAAGCAUUGUCUGGUGGAACUCCAUUUAUGCGUAGGAAGUGGGUCCGAGUGUUCUUAAUCUUACUGAGCCUAUUGUUGUUGGCUUUUUUAGUGUAUAUGGUUUCAAUGUAUAUUUAUUCUAAUUUGUAUCAGGGAGGGUCCAAAUUCUAUGUUGUGCUUGAUUGUGGAAGUACUGGAACUCGAGCUUAUGUUUAUGAGGCAUCCAUUGAUCACAAUAAAGGUGGCACUUUCCCUAUCUUCAUGAAAUCAUUAACAGAAGGUCUUUCUAGGAAACCUAGCUCACAGAGUGGGCGUGCUUAUGAUCGAAUGGAGACUGAGCCGGGUUUUGAUAAGUUGGUGCACAAUAAAUCUGGAUUGAAGGCUGCUAUAAAGCCACUUUUACAGUGGGCAGAGAAACAAAUCCCUGAGCAUGCACAUGAGACUACCUCUCUCUUCAUCUACGCAACAGCUGGGGUUCGGAGGCUGCCUAAAGCUGAUUCUAAGUGGCUACUAGAGAAUGCUUGGUCCAUAGUAAAAAGUUCACCUUUCUUGCGUCGGAGAGAAUGGAUUAAGAUUAUUAGUGGCACAGAAGAAGCUUACUACGGAUGGACAGCCUUGAACUAUCGCACUGGUAUGUUGGGGGCCAUACCCAAAAAGGCAACUUUUGGUGCACUUGACUUGGGUGGGUCGUCAUUGCAGGUUACAUUUGAAAGUGAGAAGCAAGUGCAUAACGAGACUAACUUAAACCUUAGGAUUGGUGCGGUUAAUCAUCAUCUCAGUGCUUACUCUCUUUCUGGCUAUGGUCUAAAUGAUGCAUUUGACAAGUCUGUAGCUAAACUUGUAAAAAGAAUUCCGGACAUAAAAAAUGGAGAUUUAGUUAAUGGUAAAAUAGAAGUUAAGCACCCUUGCUUGCAGUCUGGGUACAAGGAGCGAUACAUCUGCUCUCGCUGUGUUUCCAAUCAACAAGAGAGUGGAAACCCUGUAGUUGGAGAGAAAAAUUUGGGUAAGGGAGGAAAGUCAGGCAUUUCUGUUUUAUUAACUGGAGCUCCAAACUGGGAAGAAUGCAGUGCACUUGCAAAAAUUGCUGUUAAUUUGUCUGAAUGGUCGAAUCUUAGCCCAGCAAUGGAUUGUGAUUUGCAACCUUGUGCUCUUAUUGAUGGUUUGCCUCGCCCUAAUGGCCAGUUAUAUGCUAUAUCUGGCUUUUUUGUUGUGUAUCGGUUUUUUAAUUUGACUUCUGAAUCUGCACUUGAUGAUGUGCUGGAAAAGGGUCGGGAGUUCUGUCAAAAAACUUGGGAACUUGCCAGAAACAGUGUUCCUCCCCAGCCCUUUAUUGAACAGUAUUGUUUUAGGUCACCAUAUGUUGUUUCAUUAUUAAGAGAGGGUUUGCACAUCACUGAUGAUCAUAUCAUUGUUGGUUCUGGAAGUAUUACUUGGACCCUUGGGGUUGCUCUGUUGGAAGCUGGGAAGACAUUUUCUACUAGAUUGAGAAUUCACAGUUAUGACAUACUCCAAAUGAAGAUAAAUCCAAUUAUUCUCGUUGCUGUUGUUUCAGUUUCACUGAUUUUGCUGGUUUGUGCAUUAUCAUGUGUCAACAAUUGGAUGCCAAGAUUUUUCCGGAGGACAUAUCUCCCAUUAUUCAGGCAUAAUGGCACAGCCACUACGUCUGUUCUCAAUAUUCCAUCUCCUUUCCGGUUCCAGCGUUGGAGUCCUAUGAACUCCGGGGAUGGCAGAGUUAAGAUGCCUCUGAGUCCGACAGUUGCAAGUUCCCAGCAAAGAGCAUUUGGCUUGGGACAUGGUCUUGGUGGCAGCACCAUUGAGCUCAUGGAGUCUUCCUUGUACCCAUCAACUAGUGGUGUUUCACAUAGUUAUUCUUCAAAUAGCUUGGGGCAGAUGCAAUUUGACAGUAGUAGCAUGGGAUCCUUCUGGUCCCCUCACAGAAGUCAGAUGCGUCUUCAAAGUAGGAGAUCACAAUCUCGAGAAGACCUUAAUUCUUCACUGGCUGAGACACACAUGGCAAAGGUUUAGGACAUGCUCUUGCGGAAGUUUGGCAUUCCACCACAUUUUGUACAUCUUCCCACAUUACAGCGUUUGAUGAGAAGGAGAUGAUUAUGGAGCGAAUGAUGAGUUGGUCUUAUCAUGUUGGAACAGAUCUUGGUCAGCAGGGAUUUCAGGCAUCCUUGGCAAAUUCUCAAUUAAAACAAAAGCUUGCAUUCUUUCAGAUUCCAAGCAAUGUUUACUGCCCUCAGUCACUACCUAAUAAUUAUUCCAUGUUCGGCUUCUUCUUAUAUAUGACUUUAACCAGGACAAAGCUCAGCUGAUGACAAUAUGUAGUUAUUUUCAUGAAGCAUGCAUCUGUCUAUAAGAUAGCUUAGACCAAUUAUUUGACAUCGGUCCGGGUGAUAUUGUCGGAGAGACUUGACCAAAAUUAGUUGUCACUUACUGAGAAUUUUA